AAUGUGCGAGCAGCCGCUGAGACACACACACCCAUACUUUGCACACUUGAGCACCGAGGGGUGUGUCGACGCACGUUUUAGUUCCUCAAGGAAGUACAAGUCGUCAGUAUCUCAAGGCGGAGCGCUGAGACGCCAGAGCACAGACUUUUACAAACAUGAAGCGUUGAAGUCCAGCAAGUCCUCGCUGUCAUCCAAUCGCUACUAGAGGAGGACGCCGUCAACUCAGACAAUCAUGGACCACUUCAGCUCCAGGGACACGGCCAUGAAGGUCCAGAAAAAGAUCCUGAGCAGCAUGGCCAACAAGACUUCGGUCCAGAUGUUUAUCGACGACACCACCAGCGAGAUCCUGGACGAGCUCUACCGUGUCUCCAAGGAGUAUUCGGGCAACAAGUCGGAAGCCCAUAAGGUGGUCAAGGACCUGAUCAAGAUUGCCGUUAAAAUCGGCGUCCUGUUCCGCAACAACCGCUUCAGCACCGAGGAACUGGCAAUGGCGCAGGACUUCAAAAAGAAACUGCACCAGGGUGCCAUGACCGCCAUCAGCUUUUACGAGGUGGACUUCACCUUCGACAAAACGGUGAUGUCCGAAAUCCUGUCGGGUUGCCGGGACCUCCUGUUGAAGCUAGUCAACAACCACCUGACGCCCAAAUCCCACGGACGCAUCAACCACGUGUUCAACCAUUACGCCGACCCCGAGCUGCUCACCCGGCUCUACCAGCCCGACGGGCCCUUCCGGGACAACCUGGGCCGCAUCUGCAAGGGACUCAACAAGCUGAUAGAAGACGGGACAAUAUGACAGCCUCCCCCGCUCGGGACAGCACUGACACGCCAAACUCGACAUUGUCCUGCUGCUAAAAGAGCAAGCGUUUGGAGCGAGUCGCUCCACUUGGGAAUAAAACUGCUGGAGGUGGACUGUUUAUUUUUUUUUUAAAUUGUUUUGAGGCGUUGUCGUGACAACAGGUUGGCCUGGAGCUAAGUGGUUCACACUGGUUGGAAAAUAGAAAAUAAUAAGAGUAGAGGCGCAUAGACGAGGCGGUCUGCUGAUAAAAUACUGACCUCUGGUGGUCAACAAGAUUCUUCGGCAAGGGAAAAUAUUGGAGAAGCGUUCAUAAAGCAGCAAAUAUUAAUAAUAUUGAUCAUGAGGAUGGUGAAAAUAAAGCCAAAUAAUCCUGACUGUGACAUUAAUGCUGUGUGUGGUCUCUGCAUUUCAUUAAAUACAUUCAUUUUGUCAUUAAGAGUAUCUCUUUUAAAUUCUGUAUAAUGACAUUAAAUGAAAUGUGAAUCAUAUGGCAUUUUGUUUGUUGUUAUAUUAAUUUAAAUGAUACAUUCUGAAUUUUAGCAUGCAGUGUGUGCAAUUUAUUAAUAUACAGUGGUACCUCUACUUACGUGAUUAAUUGGUUCUAGUAAUUUCGUAACUUGAAAAUUUUGUUAGUAGAGAUACAUUUUUCUUGUAAAUGCCCUAAUCUGUUCCAAGUCCUCCGAAUUCAGACAUAUUUUAUAAUGCAUAAAAAUUAGGGCUGUCA